AUGGACACCAAGACUCUAGAGAUCGACACAGGUCGGGGAGAAUGGGACGAAGACUAUCAGGCAAAGGCUCUGGAGACAAAGGCUCUGGAGACAAAGGCCCUGGAGACAAAGGGUGGCUCAGGUGCUGGGCCACAGAGCACAGCUGCUCAGUCGCAGCGUCCUGCCAUUGCCACAUACCCGCAUAAUAAAGCUCCGUCCCAUGAUGGUCUUGGGGCACGCGAGCUUCCUUCAAAGGAUAGCCUACCAGUGAACCAUUUCGGGGCCCCAUCAUCCUCAGCUAACAAUGGGGUUGCUCGCAGGGCUUCAGAGUCGACAUCAAGAAAGGUUCCCCCGUGGAUAACCAAAAAAUUCACCGAUACCAAGAAGUCAAAGCAAGGUUGGGCAGAGCACCCUGGGCUCAUCACAACAAGAAAGGGCAACCAGAUAGCCUUAGAUGCAGCCACUAAUAAGUAUCUGGGUCCCAUUACAGUGAACACUGACUUUAAGUGCACGGUAAUAGUAACCAUUAUUACCACCAAAUCGAAACUAACGGGUCCAGGGAUAUUUCGGUCAUUGUGA